UAUCUCGACGUCUCGGAACCCGGAAGCGCUCAUCCAUCGACAGCGGCUGCUGUUCAUUGUGGCUGCGGCGACUCCAAUCACCUGCGAUCGGCGCAUCCAUCCAUAUCGGGCGCCGGGGAUAUUUCUUUUGUAGUUAGCGAGAAGGCGAACGAGCAUGGCUGGUCGACUACCGGCUUGCGUUGUCGACUGUGGCACAGGGUACACAAAGCUUGGCUAUGCAGGAAACACAGAACCACAGUUCAUCAUACCGUCAUGCAUUGCCAUCAAAGAGUCAGCAAAGGUUGGCGACCAGGCACAGCGCAGGAUGAUGAAGGGUGUGGACGAUCUGGACUUUUACAUCGGGGACGAGGCCAUCGAUAAACCCUCCUACGCAACAAAGUGGCCAAUCCGUCACGGCAUCGUGGAAGACUGGGACUUGAUGGAGCGCUUCAUGGAGCAGGUCAUCUUCAAGUAUCUGCGGGCAGAACCUGAAGAUCACUAUUUUCUUUUGACGGAGCCGCCAUUGAACACACCAGAAAACAGAGAGUACACAGCAGAGAUCAUGUUUGAGUCCUUCAACGUCCCCGGUCUCUACAUCGCUGUCCAGGCUGUCCUGGCGCUCGCAGCCUCCUGGACUUCCCGACAGGUGGGCGAGCGGACACUGACCGGGACAGUGAUCGACAGCGGCGACGGCGUCACGCACGUCAUCCCAGUGGCUGAGGGCUACGUCAUCGGCAGCUGUAUCAAACACAUCCCCAUCGCGGGUCGGGACAUCACCUACUUCAUCCAGCAGCUACUCAGAGAGCGGGAAGUGGGGAUACCUCCCGAGCAGUCCCUGGAGACGGCUAAAGCUGUCAAGGAACGCUUCAGCUACGUGUGCCCUGACCUCGUCAAGGAGUUUAACAAGUACGACACGGACGGGUCCAAGUGGAUCAAGCAGUACACGGGCGUCAACGCCAUCACCAAGAAAGAGUUCCUGAUAGAUGUCGGCUACGAGCGCUUCUUAGGGCCUGAGAUCUUCUUCCACCCGGAGUUUGCCAACCCAGAUUUCACACAGCCGAUCUCGGAGGUGGUCGAUGAGGUCAUCCAGAACUGCCCUAUCGAUGUCCGUCGUCCGCUGUACAAGAACAUUGUGCUCUCUGGAGGGUCGACUAUGUUCCGAGACUUCGGCAGACGUCUGCAGCGGGAUCUUAAGCGGACGGUGGACGCACGGCUGAAGAUCAGUGAGGAGCUGAGUGGCGGCAAGUUGAAGCCAAAGCCCAUUGAUGUGCAGGUCAUCACGCAUCACAUGCAGCGCUAUGCCGUCUGGUUCGGAGGAUCGAUGCUGGCGUCCACUCCUGAGUUCUACCAAGUGUGCCACACCAAGAAAGACUAUGAGGAAAUCGGGCCAAGCAUCUGCCGUCACAACCCUGUGUUCGGGGUGAUGUCCUAGGCCAGGCGGAGCUCCAGGGGACCCAUCCGCCUUUGGUACUCCCAACAGACCUGUUCAUUCGGAUCGAGCGGCACCCAACCAAACUGGCAACAUCCUCCAUCGAUGAGAAGGGACACGUGACGACACCAAUCAAGUUUCCUGCAAGUAGUUGAAUAAUGGCUGGUAAAUGUUUAGAUUUCUGCGUGGCAAGCAUCCUUCCACGUUGGCCACCUUCUUACCCCACCAGUCCUUUUUGAACACACUUCAGUCAGCUUCUUGUCUGUCAGGCUUUGCAAAUAAAAGAUGCGUCGUCUAAUGGCUGCACAAAGUUUGGCAAAUUCUUUCAGAAGAAGAAUACUUCAUUCCAGCGUGUUUUACGAUGAAUUAGUGAAAUAAACCAAACGGCAAUCUGGAAGAACACCAGCCCACGCCAUGCUCUCGUGCACAGUACCGAGUCUGGCUAGAAUAUUCACUACUUUAACCUUUUAACUCUUUGUCUUGUCUGUGGCAUCUUGAUCAUGAAAUCCUGUAUGAACGUGCAGUAUGACUGUUGUUGAAUCUCGGUGUUACUGCCAUUCCAAUAAAUGCUGAGAUAUUUUGA